AUGUUCGUUUCGCCACAGAGUGAUACGCAGCAACGCGUCAGCAGAAGGGGAGCAUACCGAUCAGCUAAACCAAUGGCUUCUGCUCCAGCGAAACGUUUGAUUGCAAUCAUUACAGGUGCAAGUUCUGGGAUUGGUAAAGCCACGGCAGAAUAUUUUGCUGAAAAGGGCUAUAAUUUGUCAUUGAACGGUCGGAAUGAAAAGGCACUCGAAGAAACAGUUAACAAUUGCAUUGCGAAAGGCUUAACCAAAGAUUCGAUUCUGACUACAGUGGGAGAUUUAACGGAUGAAAAAGUUGCAAUCUCUCUGAUCGAGCGUACGGUAGAAAAAUUUGGACGAACUGACUCGUUGAUUAAUGCUGCAGGAGUUCUGGUUAACGGAAAAGUUAUGGACUGUUCUAUGGAAGAUUAUGACUAUCUAAUGGAUAUAAAUCUUCGAAGUAUUGUUCAAUUGACGCGGAAAGUCAUACCUUAUCUUAUCAAAACGAAAGGUUCAAUCGUGAACGUAAGCAGUAUUAAUGGUCCAUGUUCUUUCGGUGGUGUAACAUUCUAUUGUAUAUCGAAAGCAGGAUUGGAUCAGUUCACGAAAUGUCUAGCUCUUGAGUUGGGUCCUGAAGGAGUCAGGGUCAAUUCUGUAAAGUAAAUUUUCGAAAAACCAGAUCUGUGUUUCUGAUUUCAAUUUUUUUUCGGUCGAAUCUUUUUAGAAAAUAAUACCACAACUUCUUAAUUCUAGUCCCGGUGUGAUCACCACUGAUAUACACAAAAGAUCCGGCAUGAAUGACAAGGAUUACCAUGAGUUUAUUGAUCGAACAGCUAAAUUUGCCGCACUCGGUAAAACUGGAAAAGCUAUGGAUGUUGCUAGAGCUAUUUAUUUCUUGGCAAGCGAUGAGUCGUCAUUUAUUACUGGUGAUCUACUUAGAAUUGAUGGUGGACGAGGCAUCAUGCAUUUAAGAUAACUUUCAUCACUCCGAUUUCCAAACGUAUUUGAUAUUUAUAGAUAUAAUUUUCUUAACAAAAAGUAGGAAGCAUGCUAAUGUUUCAGCUUAUGCUUUAACCGAAAAAAUUCUAAAAAUUUUCGUACACUAUUGUCAUUUGCAUAAAUAAAAGCAAAAUCGCA